CACGUAGCACGCUUCCACAUCUCCCCACCCCUCGUCACCUCGUCCUCAGCACCCCAAGUCCCCAAGACCCCAACCAACAUUUGCCGAACGGAUCCCGCCCGAGCCCGAGAGCUCGCGAAGCCCAGGCCCAGCCAGACCCACGAAGCGAUGCAACGGAGAUAGUGAGAUCGCGUGAAGCCGCCGAUGACCUCCGCCGUCCUCGCCGGCCGGGAUGAGGUCCACCACGGACACCCGCACCACCGCCACUGGGGCGGCGCCCGCGCCCCCCUCAUGCCCAAGCCAUCCUCCAAUCCUAACCCUAGGCGCUACCGCCCGGGACCAAACCCUAUCGUCAGUGGCUCGCCGCCGGCGCCGCGGGCCGGUUCGGCUGUCGCGGCUGAGCCCUUGCCGUCGCCCUUAAGGCACGUGAAAUUCAGGCCGUCGGAACUGACACCCGCCGAGGCCCGUCAUCUCCGCGAGCGGCUCACCGGCGAGCUUGGCCGCGUCCGCGCUUUCGUCUCCCGCAUCGACUCGUGGCAGGACGGGCGUCGCCGGGGCCCGGAGCCCGAGCCGGAGCCUCCCGCGCGCCGCUCUUCCCCGCCGCCGGCGCUGGUGGAGGCGAUGCGGAGGCGAUGUGCGGAUAUCCUGACGCGGCUGCGGAGAUCGAAGAAAAGCGUGUGGUUCAAUUCCCCCGUCGACGUGGAGGGCCUCAAGCUGCACGACUACCGCGCCAUCAUUCGGAGCCCCAUGGAUCUCGGCACCGUCAAGCAAAACCUCACCGCUGGCCGGUACCCCUCGCACGAGGCGUUCGCUGGCGACGUCCGGCUGACCUUCAACAACGCGCUGCGGUACAACCCUCCCGACCACCACGUGCACAGGUACGCCGGCGACCUCCUCGCCACGUUUGAGGGGAUGUACAAGGAGGCGGUCUCGUGGUUCGAGCAGCAGCGCCAGCAGCUCGAGCCGCCAAUGCAGCUUGAUCUGCUGCCACCACCACCACCACCGCAACUCCCAGUUUCUGUGCCAGUGCAAGCGCCCCUGAGGAUGUGGGGUGGGAGGAGGCCCAAGCCCAAGGCUAGGCAGCCAAACAAGAGGGAGAUGGAUGAGGAGGAGAAGCAGAAGCUGAGGGUGGAGAUUGAGAACCUGCCUGAGGACAAGGUGCUGAAUGUGCUGCAGAUUGUGCAGAAGAGGAACAGAGAUCCAGCAUUGUCGGGGGAGGUUGUGGAGCUUGAUUUCGAUGAGCUGGAUAUCGAGACCCUAUGGGAGCUUGAUCGAUUUGUGGUCAAUUGGAGGAAAGCUCUAAAGAAGAGCCAGCGGAAUUCUAGGAUGAAUGGUGAUGCUGCUGUGAUGAAUGCAGAUGCCAUCGAUGCGACAAUUGUUCCGGAUGAUGAUGACAGGGUCGAGGUUGCUGUCAAUCCGUCUGUGGUGGUUGAAAUUGGAGAGUCGGAGACUGACGUUCCAGAGAAGAAUGAAGUGGAGGCUGAGAUGGGUGACGAGUAUGUGGAUAUCGGUGAUGAGAUGCUGACGAUGAAUUACCAGUCGGUGGAGAUCCAGAGGGAUUCCCUGGCCGCCAGCAGCUCAAGCGGACCAGGAAGUGGCUCGUCUUCAUCAACUGGUACGGUGGAGCAAAUAAAGUUGUCACCACAAAUGCUGGGUUAUGGAUUUAGUAGCUCGUUAAUUCAUUAAAACUCCUUGCAGAUUCGGACUUGGACCCUGAAUCUGAUGGGGAUAAUGCAAGCGCCCCGCACUAGGUGGUUGCUCUUUUAUCUGACUGUAGUAGGAUUAGGGACGUGUAGGUGACCCAUUUGGCGAGUCAUUUUGAAGGAUUAGGGACGUGCAAAUUGGGGGUCAUGUAAGUCUUUGUUGUCAUGUGUGUUCGUUUGUGUAUGUGGGUGCAGCUUAGGUUGUCGGUACUUAGUGAAUUGGUAGAUGCUUGUGUAGAUUGGGAGACUGCUGUAAAGAAGGGAAUAUAAUCUGGAACAAAGUGGAAAAGUAGCAAUGCCUUGGCAUUUCAUGUCUGUUGCUUUCUUUUGUAGGAGUAUAUGUUUAUUACUGCUGUAGCCGAUCUAUUGUGCACAUAUGCUUUAUCAAUGUUCAUUGGAUAUUGCAAACUACAUCAAAAAGAGUUUGCUGGAGUACCUUAAUUUGGUGCCAAAACA